CUGGCAGGACACACUCCAUAGUGCUCCCAUAGUGUUAUCCAGGCUGUAAAUAUAUCGGUGUGAGACAAUUCGCAUAAACUUUGAGCUGUAUGAAACAGUGAUUUUGCGAUGAAUCCAUGGUAGAGAUGGCCGCCUUGAGACUUCCCGAGGCGGACGAGUACGUAGAGACGAGAAGACGACUGGAGCAGCCUCCCACAGCUGCGGACCCCGUCACUCCGGAGCCCAGACCCACCAACACGACGCGGAAAGUGUUGAUAGACAUGCUGGGGAACUCCCUGAUAGACCUGGUGCCCCAGAACGACACCGGGCCUCCGGACGGAUACGGGGACUCCAGCUCCAACGUCAGCCAGAACGCCACCGCCAUCGUCCUGCCUGACCUGAUGUACCGCCACUCCACCCCUGUUAUCCUCAUCUAUUGCAUCGCCUACCUGAUCGUUUUCGUGGUCGGGUUAAUCGGGAACUGUUUCGUGAUAGCCGUUGUCUACCGCUCCCCUCGCAUGAGGACCGUCACCAACUUCUUCAUCGUCAACCUCGCUGUCGCUGACAUCCUCGUCAUCGUCUUCUGUCUCCCCGCCACCCUCAUGUCCAACAUAUUUGUCCCUUGGGUCCUUGGAUGGUGGAUGUGCAAGACAGUGCCAUACGUACAGGGUGUGUCAGUUGCUGCUUCAGUCUACAGUCUCAUCGCAGUCUCCGUUGACAGGUUUCUCGCGAUCUGGUGGCCAAUGAAGUGUCAAAUCACCACCCGACGUGCCAGAAUCAUGAUCCUCGUCAUCUGGUUGAUUGCGGUCACCACCACCAUUCCUUGGGCAUUAUUCUUCGACCUCGUCGUCAUCUUCGGCGAUCGCCCCGACAUCCAACUGUGUAUAGAAGUUUGGCCCGACUACUUGGACGGAUCUCUGUACUUCCUCGUCUGCAAUCUACUCUUCUGCUACAUCCUGCCACUGAUCCUCAUCUCCAUGUGUUACAUCUUGAUCUGGGUGCGUGUGUGCAAGCGGCACAUCCCGAGCGACACCAAGGACGCCCAGAUGGAGCGGAUGCAGCAGAAGUCCAAGGUGAAGGUGGUUAAGAUGCUGGUCGCAGUCGUCAUCUUGUUCGUACUCUCCUGGCUCCCGUUGUACGUAAUCUUCGCAAGGAUCAAGCUCGGAGGUGAGAUCACCGCCUGGGAGGAGGACGCACUGAUUGUCAUCACCCCCGUCGCCCAGUGGCUGGGGGCUUCUAACUCGUGCAUCAACCCAAUCUUGUACGCCUUCUUCAACAACAAGUAUCGCAGGGGAUUCACAGCGAUACUCAAGAGUCGACGAUGCUGCAGCACACUGCGUUACUACGACGCUGUAGCCAUGGCCAACUCGUCCUCAGCCAGUAUGAGGAAGUCUUCUUACUACGUCACCAACAACAACUCGUCGACUCGUCGAGCGCCACCGGUCCACCAGGACAGCAACGUGUCCUACAUAUCAAACAACACGGGCGUCUAAACACCCCGGGGGACACCACGCCGUGGCUGGAUUUACUUAGUUCUGCUGAGGCAGUCUACACCGGAGUCGUCUCCGGAGUCUUGGAGGUUGGUCGGAAGGUAGUCAGAUGUAGACGGCUCGACAUUUAGACACGUGCCUCGGCACGUUCGUCGAGCCCGAUGUCGAAACGACGCUUGUUAAGAACUUGUUAAUAUAGUGAGCAUAUUUUUACUAAACCUUAUUUACAUUUUGAUGUUAGGCGUACUCGCUGUUGAACUUGUGGUCGCUAUGUUUCUGUGGCUUCUAUCAUUUCCGAUUGUUUCGUGCGUUUUGAAUGUUCGGUCAAGUAUUUACCGCACAUACGUAUGUGUAAGUGAUAUCCGUAUUUCCUCACUUACUCCUCACGAAACAUAGAUUAUAUAUUUAUAUGAUUAGUAUAUUCACUACGGAGAACAUCGGGAUAUAUCGAAUACGCGUCAUCGCGAGGUUUCGUAAGGUUUCGAUAGUUUCACUAUACCCUUCAUAUCGCGUAUUUUUCUAUCUUUCGGUUGAUCCUUCCGAAGCUGACUCAGCACUAAUACGAUAUAUAAAUAAAUAAUGUUAUUUUUUAAAAAUUUUGUGGACAUUGCGACUUGGUAAUACACAGCUUUAAACUGUUAGAGGCCCGGAGUAGUGGCGGGUCCACGACGAAGCAGGGCUUUUGUCACGUUUUGAUACAUUUUUAGACGCAUUGACACUAAACUUAACCUAGUAGAUAAGUGUAAGUAUGUUUUCAGCCCUCGUUCAGUUACACCCGACACGUUUGGCUGUGACAGAUCAGUUGCGGUUUGAUGUCUUCGAAUCUGUCCGUUGUAAUCGUCACAAGGUUUUGCAAUUGUUUUUACAGAAUACGUUUAUGUGGAACAUGUCCCUUAGAGUUUGUACGUCCAAGCGUAAACCCCUGUGUAAAACUCUGAUUUGCUUCACACCGUUGAAACGCUGUAUUACCGUGCUUGUGCAUAAACGUGUAUUUGGUAAAUUUGGUUUUAGUAAUGUAAUCAAUAAAUAUUUAGACGUAAACACCGUGUACCGUGAUAUGUGCUCAGCCCAGGAUAGCUUGAAUCCUGAAUUUGAAUGCUUCAUAACUUGUACUACUGAAUGAAAGGCAUGUGAUUUCUCGAAGAGGCCUGUAGAUUGAAUAUAUUUUUUGUAAGGACAGCUUCUCAUGAGAGGUAUAAUGAUAAUGUAAAUUACCUGUACAGUGUUAGACUAUAUAUUAAACAAAUGUUUCUUGCCUAAGGUCAUUAAAAUUUAAAUUUUUCCAUUUCUAGCCGUUGGUAGUGGCUAAACCUUAAAUGAGAACGGCUGGGUUAUAUGGCGUAGGUGAAUACAGAAGUCCGAUACUACUAAAUUCUCAUUUGGUGAGGAUUUGAUCCCGAUUACAUACAUGUAUAAACUCCAAAUAUAUGAAGAAUAAAUUAAAUUACCCAUUUUAUCCAGGUGAUAGAAAAAAACGUGUUCAAUUAAAUAUAUAAUUAAAUCAAGUGGUUACCAUAAGGGUUUUACCAAAUAAAUCGCAGCACGCAUAAAUAAAAUACGGUAACCUACAAUAUUUUACAAUGACAAAACUACCUAACAACUUUAAGGUUAAUGAACCUCAUGGAAUAAAUUUCAACAAAUCCAUCGGAUAACUCUCAAUGUAAGUAAUUUACAAUAAACUUAUUGCAGAAUUUAUGAUUUUUAACUAGAACUAAACCUUGGUUUUAAAACUAAAGUUUCGUAUAACUUCUCCCUUAUCCUCAGGAGUCAAUUUAUUGAGUGAAGAUUAAAAAUAUAAACAGUUUACCAACACUAUUAUUUACACAUGAAUCUUAACCAAAAUAUUCAAUCAAAAUUCAACAAACUAUGUCAUCGAUAAACUUGGAAUUCUUUUAAAAUGUUUUCCACCAUCGACUAUCGUCUCGUGGCAGAUAAUUUAUUCCUUUUGAACGCAACAGUUGGCUAGCCCCCAAUUUCAAUAAGUUAGAUUAAAUUCAACCAACCAAAUUGAGAAUCCAAUUCGUUGUAACGAUGCAGAUUAGUAAUAAAGUUGACUUUUGUAACAUAACCAGCCUUUCUCCAGAUUUUUACUAUCUAAGGUAUUUUGUAUCGAGUGCUAACCUUUAAAUGGUUGGUCAGAAGUAAGUUAGAAUUUCUUUAUCUAUGGAGCGAAAAAAUGGAAAUACGAGUUCUGAACAUCGUUUUACAUUAACUAUCUCAAUAUUUGAACCAAUAUAAGGAGGAGGCUGGGGCGAGACAGAAGUGGCAACACCGCAGCUCCGGCUGUUGUACUAAUUUGUAAUGGAGCGCCAUAAGCGUAAUGUUUGCGUUUGCAUGUUUGUCAUUACUGUUAUGACCAUGGUAUAGGCCAGUGACGCGAAGUCCCCACAAACCAACGCCGCAGCCUUGUAUUAGAGUAGUCUAUGGUACCAGUCAAAAAUCGUCACUUAACUAAUUUGACAGAGUAUUGAAUUUGAAAUAUAUAAACAAAUAAAUACAGGCAAUACCUGUGGGUUGAACUUUGAGAAAAGCUUGGGGCAAGAUUUAAAAAAUAUAAAGGUGAUGCUUGUUAUAAGUUAUGUCAAUAGAAACGUUUUACUAUGAAACUCGUGUAGCAAACGUUUUGUACAUUUGUAAAUAGUAGAUAAAAUGAAUGUAUUAAGUGUAUCAUUUAGUGUAAGCCCUACCAACGGAACACAGGGUAAACAUGUCAUGUGUAAUUAUGAGCACAGCUUAGUGGUUUAGAGGUCAAAUUCGAAAGCUUCAUUACCUGUAGUUUGUAGACUUAGCGAAAUAUUAACUCGCCACAUUUACCGUCUCCAUCCCAGCUGUUUCCUGUCUACUUCCUAUCUUCUUGUGUUUCCUGUGUAUUACUUUGUCUCCUCCUCCGCUGGCUCCUCGUUCUAUAACAGUUCCAAUACCAUUGUGUAGAAAAGUAACGUUACAAGUUAUUGUUACACAAUAUUGCGCUUGAUUAGCUAUGCAAGAUUCUGUAACAACGAAAAGUCGCUGUUAUGAGAUGUCAUGACGAUGCGAGUCUUAUUUUAACGCAGAUCUUUAUCACUGAUUAAUAGAAACGCAAAAUAGCACGUCAUAAGAUAUUUGAAAUAAUGAAUUUAUGGAGUCAAGAUAAUCUGUUAUAUUACAUAUUAAAUUUACAAUAACAAGUUUCAAAAUGUAAGAAAAAAACAUAUUUUUACAUUUUAUUAUAUAAGAUAUAAUUUUUAAUAUCCAACUGACACUGUCUGAGAGUUUUUCACAUAAAAAACGUCUAUGGAAAACUAUCAAGCAAGUAAACUCAUAGGUUUUACAUUGAAGUUGACCAAAAAAGUGAUAAAGAUCUUAAAAACGUAGUAUGACAUAGAACUACAAGUAAAACCAGAAUAGCAGCAGUUAACACCACAGUUUAGAAAUGAUUGCUUAUGUCCCCAAAUACUUAACCUAGCUUCUUGUAGAAUGGAAAAUGUUUUAGUACCUGUUGGAUGUUAUCGUUGUAUAUAACCCCAGUUAUGGACUAUUCAUUUCAAAGUAGCAAGAACAUUGUUGUCAUAUGACGUAAUCUGCUAAAAUCAUCAUUACUGUGAUAUGAUAUUGUUUUAAUAUAGGCUGAAUGUAACCUGUGUAUUAAGUUAAUGAUUAUUGAAAUCUAUAUUAAAUAUCUCAUACAUGCUGUUACUCGUUCAAUGGCAAGUGUUGGGUAUGUUUUAUAUGUAAUACACAAUAAUUUUCGAAUAAAUAUUUACAGCGAAGAGUGUUGGUUUAGUUUCAAGAUUUUUGGAAAGCAGGAUUUUUGAGAUGGUGGAUUGCAGUAAUAAAGCCAGAGGUUUAAUACUGUUUAGCAUGCACUCCUAAGGAAUCAAUAUGGAUUGCUGCAUUGUUAAAAUAUGUCUCCGAUGAAUAGUUUAAUGAUUAAAUUGUCUUUACUAAAUGUCCAUUUAUUCUAAAGAAAGCUGUAAUACUCUUAUAAAAAGGGAGGUUUAAGUAGCAGAGAAGCUCCAGUUUGUAAGGUAAAACUAAUAAAAACAAAUAUUUACGCACAAUGAUUUAAAUAACAUUUGUUUGUGAAUAAUGAUGUUCCCGUUAAUUCUAACACCAAUAUACAACAGUUUUGGUCUGAUUAAACGGUAAAAUAACAUUCCAAUGCGGUGGGUUACCGAGCAGUUGUUCUACUUUAUUAGUAGCAUAAAAGCAAUCAGAAAAUUAAAAAGUAAACUACUAUACCAAUCCAGGAAUAAAGUAGUUACUUAUAUUUCGAAGUUGAUGUAAAACACGUUUACUUUUCCUCUUCAGGUAAUGGUAUAUUAUUAUAGACUGAUACGACCAAAAUAAUGAUUGAUGAUCAGUUAUUGAUUAGAAAAUUUUCAUAUAAUUUUAGUAAACCUCAAAUUCUUAUGUAUAAGAUUAUAGGGUAAGAAUUACAUAAUAUAUAGUUAUAUGUAUAUUUAAACACCUGAACUACGUUUGGUAUAGUCAAAUUUUUCUUGCAAAAUUCUUUCGGUAUUUAUGUGUGAUACGUUGUUUUGAUGUAUGGUAUUAAGCCAUAGUACCAGAAAAUUAUUUAUAAACAUUAACGAAGCAAGAGUACUAAAAAAAGAUUGAAUUACAAAUAAAUCAGUG